CAAGCAGGGGGCUCUCCAAACUAUUUAACUCUGUGACUUCCCUUGGUUGUUUCCCAACACAAUCAGGCAUCAUGGCUACUUUCCAACGAGCCGUCAUUUCGCUCCUCUUGAUCCUCUCGAUCACCUUUGUCUUCUUUGCUCAGAGCACUGAGGCUGCCAAGGGACCCAAGAUCACCCACAAGGUGUACUUCGACAUCACCCAUGGCGAUGAAGAGCUAGGCCGCAUCACCAUUGGCCUUUACGGCAAGACUGUCCCCAAGACCGCCGAGAACUUCCGCGCUCUGGCUACCGGCGAGAAGGGCUUCGGUUACGAGGGCUCUACUUUCCACCGCGUUAUCAGCAACUUCAUGAUCCAGGGUGGUGACUUCACCAAGGGUGAUGGCACUGGUGGAAAGAGUAUCUAUGGGGCUAAGUUCCCCGAUGAGAACUUCAAGCUCAAGCACACCCGCAAGGGUCUUCUCAGCAUGGCCAACAGCGGAAAGGACACCAACGGCUCUCAGUUCUUCAUCACCACCGUCGUCACCAGCUGGCUCGAUGGCCGCCACGUCGUUUUCGGAGAGGUCCUCGAGGGCUACGAUGUUGUGGAGAAGAUUGAGAACGUGAAGAAGGGACCUGGAGACAAGCCGGCCCAGACCGUCAAGAUCGCCAAGAGCGGAGAGCUCGAGGUGCCAGAGGAAGGUAUUCACGCGGAACUCUAGACAUCAGUACGCAUUCUUUGCUAUUGGGUCGACCCCUCAGGUUGGAGAGCUGCUGAUAGUUGUGCCCUUUCUUCAAGAUCUAUACGGAGCUGCUGAACCUGCCAUUCCUGGCGACGAACUCGAUAUCACUGCGGCAACACCAUCCAAGGAGGAUAUCGUCAACAUUGCUGAGGUCACCCAGGCCUCUACCACCAAGCCCAAGCUCCCUGGUAUG